CGCAUACGUAUAAUAGGGGAGUAAGCUGCGCUCGUUUUUUACAUAAUAAAAACACAAAAGGAAAAAUUAUUUUUUUGAGCCAGUCAAAAUGGAAUUAUUCACGAAGGCUCAAUAUUAUAAUAAGCCAGAAGGAGAUGACUUCGUGGGUAAAAUGGUAGCAACUAAUAAAUAUAUGCUUGCCGGCGCAAUUCCAGCUGCAACAAUGGAUGUUCUGAUGUAUUCACAUCCAAAAGGAGCUUUACAAACAAUGGCUCGUUAUGCUCGAUGGAUUGGACCAGCUAUGGGAAUGGCUUCAUUGUUUACAGCUAGUGCAUAUCUUGCAUGUCAUCUCAGAGGAAAGGACGAUAAGAUCAAUUACAUUAUUGGAUCUUGCGGAGCUGCAGGAGUUUUUGGAAAGGCUGUCAGAAAUCCAACUCUUGGUUUCCAAAUGUGUGUUUUCUUCUCCAUUGCCGCUUGCUUCAAGAAAAUUUCAGUUGAGGAAGGAUGGACAUGGUUCCCAUCGACUGAAGAAGUUGAAAGGAAACAUGUUUAUGGAUCAUUAAAAACAGCAAAAUAUGAUUGGACUUUAAUAAAAGAUACACCCGAAAAAGGCUGGACUACACAGCGUUCCUCAUAAAUUGUAAAAUUGAAAGGUAUAAUAAAAUAUUAGAACUUUUGUCGUU